CCCCACGACCGCCGCGCAGCUCUGGAUGACCUACAUGCAGCCCUUCAAAGGCCAAGCGACGCUGGUCGGGCCCGCGAUCACAAACGGCGGCGCGCCGCUCGGCACGGCCUGGCUCGACCAGUUCAUGGACGCGUGCAACAAGCUCGGCUGCCAGGUCGACGCCGUCGCGGGCCACAUCUACGGCUCCGCGUCGGACCCGGACUACUACAAGACGUACAUCACGAGCCUCGGCACGCGCUACGGCAAGCCCGUACUGAUGACCGAGAUCGGCGUGAGCGACACGUCGACGUCCGCCGCGGACCAGGCGGCGCUCAUCGACGAGCUCGUGCCGUUCUUGGACGGGCUGGACAGCGUGUCGCACUACGCGUGGUUUAUGGCCGCCGCGAACCUCCUCGUCGACGCCGACGGCAGCUUGAACGCCGUCGGGGCGGCGUACGAGAACGCUGCGUAGGCCGCGCCGCGCGUCUUGCUCCCCCGCUCCGCCCACCGUUUACUUUGGUUCCCUUCCUCUGUCCUUCUCGCUCUCCUCUCGCUUUCGGGAUUCGGAUGGUCACCCAGCGGGCGCGCCGGUAUCGUCCGCGGUCUGGUGGCCUUUGCGACUGUUAUCGUUCUCUGUCAUGUCGACCCACGGGCGAGGUCCCGGUUCUGUUGUUUCUCAGCUCAUGUAGAUACGUGAGAGCGCGGCUUGACCGCUAGCAUCAGUAGUAACAUGCACUUUAUGGGACGGUGUUGAGGUGGCUGCAGACCUACCUACUUUCUGCGCAAUGUCGACGCAACGUUGUCGUGGCCACUGGAGGGUUCACCGACAUCCGUUAUUGCCGAGGCGCUCGGACUGGAGCCUGUCGGCCCGCGGCGGCGGGGGGAUGGUUUUCUUUUGACGGUCCCGCGCGUGGUGAUUGGACUCUCGCAUGACUCCUCGGCACAUUCACACAAUCAUGAAGUCGCCUGUCCUCGGACUGCUUGCACUCCUCCCGCUGGUUUUGCCAGUUGCGCACGGCACUCGGGCCGGAGCGCAAGGAGUCGGUGACCAGCUGCGGUUCGAACAACAGGCUUUCAGCAGAUACGACGAUGGGCUGUUUAUUCCCUUCGGAGAGCUCAGUACGCUCUCGUUCACCGAGUUUACGGAGCUUGGGCACCCGGCUUUCCCUCGCCAUAGCGUGCGUGUCAAGAAGUCGGACUUUUGCGAUGGCACUGUGCAAGCGUACACCGGCUACAUAGACGUCCAGGCCAGGCACCUGUUCUUCUACUUUUUUGAGAGCCGCCGCGACCCCGACACGGAUGAUGUCGUGUUUUGGACCAACGGCGGUCCCGGAGGCUCUUCGAGCCUGGGUCUCUUCAUGGAGCUAGGGCCCUGCAGGGUGACGAGCCCGAACAGCACCGAGUUCCAUCCGCAAUCUUGGAACGAGUACUCGAACAUCUUCUUCAUUGAUCAGCCCGUCGACGUUGGGUUCUCCUAUGCCGAGUACGGCGAAGCUGUGUCGACCACUGUGGAGGCCGCGGACGACGUCGCAGCCUUCGUGGCCAUCUUCUUCGAGCACUUUACCAAAUUCAAAGGCAGGGCGCUCCAUCUCGCCGGUGAAUCCUACGGGGGUCGCUACCUUCCGGUGUUCGCGUCUGCUAUCUACGACCAGAACGCCAAACUGGUGGAGGCGGGAUUGACUCCUGUCAACCUCACUUCUGUAAUGAUUGGGAACGGAUGCACGGAUUUCAAGAGCAUCAUGCCUAGCUGGUACAACGCGCAGUGCGAGGACCCUACUUUCCCACCCACCCUGUCCAUCAGCGAGUGCGUCCGCAUGAAACAGCUGCUUCCUCGUUGCGAGAAACGGUACAAGGAAUCUUGCGAGGACGUCUUCGAUUCGAUCGACUGUAACGCAGCGACGGAAUUCUGCGACCGGUCGCUGAACGGCUUAUUGUACAACAAAGUCAACCCCUACGAUCGUUCUUAUCCAUGCAACGGUCUCGACAUGGACACGGAGUGCUAUCCUAUCAUGAACAACAUCAUAAAAUAUCUCAGCGACAAAACGCUGCAAGAGCGCUUGGGUGUUGAUCCUGCCCGACGCGGUCCAUUCAAGCGCCACUCAACGAAGGUCUCGUCGGCGUUCUUCGCGACUUCGGACUUCUGGAGCUUCCCAGCGCACUACUACCUCGCGGCGCUCCUCGAACGGAACAUCCGAGUCCUUAUUUACGUCGGGAAAACAGAUUUUAUUUGUCACUGGAUGGGUAACGAGAAGAUGACGCUCGAGCUCGAGUGGACCGAAAACGAGGCCUUCCGGCGCGAUCCUCUGAGGGCGUGGACGGUGAAUGGAAGCAUCGCUGGCGUGACCAGGACCGGAGGUGGACUGACGUUCGCUACGAUCGAUGGUGCUGGGCAUUUCGCACCAUAUGAUAAGCCAAUCGAAUCACUCGAGUUAGUGAACAGGUGGCUUGCGGGGAAGGAGUUGCAGUAAUAUGAGCCAACAACGGUGAUGGUCGGGGCCGUGUGGUCCAUAGGACGAGCUCCUCCGCUGACGACCGAUAUGCAUACAAAUUGCACGUCAUUCAGCUUGAGAUGAUUAGGCGUGCAUGUUCCUGAUCGUAGCACUACUCAGACGUCAAGCUAAUCAAGUUUUCAACCU